UUUGCCUCGGUUGAAUAGAACUCGUUUCAUAUGUCUCUCAUUCUUCUCUGGUUUUUGGCAAAAUUUUUCGGAUUUAUUCAAUUUCUCUCUGUGUAAAUACUUCAACUUUUCCAAUUCUCACAUUCGCAUGUUGAUUCGUAGUCAGAUUUUUUCUUGUUCAAAGAUGCACUAGUAGAAGAGGGAAUUACCCUGUUUCCAAGCUUUCCUCUAGAGUAGAAGCAAUUAGUAGAGUGUCAUAAAAAGCUGUAGGCUUUCCUUCAAUGGGUGCUCCUAAGCAGAAAUGGACUGCGGAAGAAGAAGCGGCGCUGAAAGCUGGAGUACUCAAACAUGGGGCAGGAAAAUGGCGCACCAUACUUACAGAUCCUGAGUUCAGUGCCAUCUUGCGUAUGCGUUCGAAUGUGGAUCUCAAGGAUAAAUGGAGGAAUAUAAAUGUGACAGCAAUAUGGGGAUCCCGGCAGAAGGCAAAGCUUGCUCUUAAAAGGAACCUACCAGCCCCCAAAAUUGAUAAUAACCAUAUGGCCUUGAGUACCAUAGUUCGAAAUGAUGAAGUUCUUGAUACUAAGCCCAUAGCAGUUUCUGGUGGACCAUUGCAAUCCCCCAAUUUGAAAGAACAAAUAUCAAGGUUGGUGGAUAAUCAUAUAUUAGAGGCCAUUGUCAAUAUGAAGGAGCAGAAGGGUUCUGACAAGGUUGCCAUUGCUUCUUUCAUAGAGGAAAAAUAUCGGUCACCACCUGAUCUCAGUAAAUUGCUGUCAACCAAACUGAAGCAUAUGGUGGCAAGUGGCAAAAUAGUCAAGGAAAAGCAUAAGUACAGAAUUGCGCCAAGUUCAACUGUCUCUGAGAAAAGAAGAUGCUCUUCAUUGGUACUUUUGGAAGAGAAGCCCAAAGAUCCUUCAGAAGUACAUAAGAAUGAUGAUGUCAACAUCCUUUCAAAAUCCCAAAUUGAUGCAGAGAUUUCGAAAGUGAAGGGCUUGACAGCUCAAGAGGCAGCUGCUGCAGCUGCAAAAGCAGUUGCAGAGGCAGAGGCUGCAAUUGCACAGGCUGAGGCAGCAGCUAGGGAGGCUGAGGCUGCAGAAGCUGAGGCUGAGGCUGCUCAAGUGUUUGCAAAAGCAGCAAUGAAGGCGCUAAAAUGCAAAAUGCUUCAUAUUUGCAUUUUUUUGGGGCUGGCCACUAUGUGCUACUAUCCGGGAUUUAAAAUAUUGGUAAUGACUCAACAACAAACUCAACUUGUAGACUACUCUCCCUGUGAAAUUGAGGACUUGUAUUAAAAGCUCAAUUUCAUGUAAGGUGACAUCCAUAGAGACAUAGACACGACGACUUUGAAGGUGAUAACACUUAUACCCCUUUUUGUUUGAGGGAUAAUCAAUAAGAAUACAUUCGAUAGCUUGUGGAUCUAACUUUCCACGGUGGUGACUGUGAGAGUGAACCAAGGAAACACAUCCAAAGACUUGAGUUGGGAGACUAGACAUGAUAGGAGGGGAGGAAAAGAAUGAUAACAUGUGUUGUAAUGGGCUAAUACCACUCAAGACACAAGGUUACUUGUUCAUCAGAUACGUAGCAGUCAAGACAGCUACACUCCCGAAUAAGUUUUGGGAACAAGCAUCUGGAAAAGUAGAGCUCCAGCAAUUUCUAGAAGAUGGUGUGGACUUACACAUGCUCAUCAUCAGCAGAGUUGGCUUGAGAUGAUAGUUCUGCUGCUGUGCUUCCUGCCAGUUUUUUUCGUAACUGUACAUAAUUUUCGGCUUGUAAAUCUGGAAUAUGCAGGAUGAUUCAUGAAAUAUUCUGUCAGGAAUCAAUAACAGCUUUUUUUUUUCAAUUCAUUUUUAUUUUAACCUUUUCUUAUAAAGGAAGACAAUGAGGGGAAAGCUACAAAGCAGUAACGGAAGAGUGGAAAUAGCCAUGUUUUUUUGUAAUGGAAUAAUUGACAUCCGCGUAGAGUAAAUGAAGGAAACAAUUUUUAGUGUUCAAAUAGCAAUAUGGAUUGUCAUUGACAUGCAGAUCAUAUAUUCAAGGAUGCUUGUUCUAAGACAUCACUAUAUUACUUUUUUUUAUUAUUAUUAUCA